UUUUAGUUCUAGCCACAACCUGCAACAGAAGGUCUGGAUCUUUCUGGACCAGGCUCUUUGUGGCAUGAAGUGCCGAAACCGAUACGGGCGGGGUGAUUUGCUUUUUGUGUGGUGAGACAGUAACGUGACCAAAAAAUGGUUGGAAAAGUCAAGCAGAAUCUGUUGCUGGCAUGUUUGGUCAUCAGUUCAGUGACCGUCUUCUAUCUGGGCCAACACGCCAUGGAGUGCCACCAUCGGAUCGAGGAACGAAGUCAGCCGGCCCGACUGGAGUACUUGAGGGCCACGUCCCGAUCUGGCCUGAGUUCGAAAGAAAACGCUACCUUUGCUUAUCACAAAGAUAUGCCUUUAAUAUUUAUUGGCGGGGUGCCCCGAAGCGGCACCACCUUGAUGCGGGCGAUGCUGGAUGCCCACCCGGACAUCCGCUGCGGGGAAGAAACCAGGGUGAUCCCUCGGAUCCUGGCGGUCAAACAGAUGUGGGCUCGGUCGAGCAAGGAGAAGAUCCGUCUGGAUGAGGCUGGUGUGACGGAUGAGGUUUUAGACUCGGCCAUGCAGGCCUUCUUGCUGGAAAUUAUUGUGAAGCACGGGGAGCCGGCUCCUUACCUGUGCAACAAGGACCCCUUUGCUCUCAAGUCCUUGACUUAUCUUGCCCGCAUUUUCCCCAAUGCCAAGUUUCUUUUGAUGGUACGGGACGGCCGGGCGUCCGUCCACUCCAUGAUCUCUAGGAAGGUCACCAUUGCUGGGUUUGACCUCAACAGUUACAGGGACUGCUUGACUAAGUGGAAUCGGGCUAUCGAGACCAUGUACAACCAGUGUGUGGAGGCCGGAUCAGACCGCUGCAUGUUGGUUCAUUAUGAACAACUUGUCUUGCACCCGGAGAGGUGGAUGAGGACUCUACUGAAGUUCCUUCGCAUCCCGUGGAAUCCUGCUGUUCUGCAUCAUGAAGAGAUGAUUGGGAAGGCUGGUGGUGUGUCUCUUUCCAAAGUGGAAAGGUCCACGGAUCAAGUCAUCAAGCCGGUCAAUGUAGAAGCCUUGUCGAAGUGGGUCGGGAAAAUCCCGGCCGAUGUACUUCAGGACAUGCCUGUCAUUGCGCCGAUGCUGGGGAAACUCGGCUACGAUCCCUAUGCCAACCCACCAAAUUAUGGGAAGCCGGAUCAGAAAGUUCUUGAAAAUACCAGAAGGGUUUAUCAAGGUGAAUUCCAGCUUCCGGACUUCCUUAAAGAAAUGCCACAGAGUGAUGCUGUGAAAUAGAAGAACUGGUGAGAAUUAACACACACAAAUGGGAUGCUGGCUUGCUUUUUUGUUAAAGCAAAGUGCUGUGCUGAGAUCUACAAAGAACACGGCGAGCUGCUUGCCUCACUCGGGAGUAUUUUCCUGUUCCAUACUGUGGUCUUUUUAAAAAAUUGUUUUUUGAGCACCUGUAAAUCGCUGUGGCUCAGCCCUUGUGCCACUGUCUCCAGAGAAGCCCCACUGAAGAGCUGGAGAUGUUUUGUGUGAGUGCUUCCAGGGCCCAGGCAUCGGGGGGGGACAACAACAAUCCAGUGGAAAAUUUCCUCCUGAGCAAACCCCAUUGAAGCAAGCGAGAGAACAUGGCGCAUAGCUUCCUUUCAUCUCUGUGACACUUGCCCAGGUGACGUUGCUGGAGGACCAUGUCCAAAGUUACGCACUUCCUCAUACCUGAUAUUGGAAAUCCAGCACUAUUCCAAGCUUACCACUGUUUUUUUAAUAUGAUAGGACAGUGUUCUGGCUGGGCUAGAGAUAACUGUCCUGGCUCUCUCACCUGUUGCUUUUUAAAUUUUCCAAUUGCAUUUUCAACACUGAUUUGAGAUUUUGAAUAUGUAAAAGUCUCAGAAAGCUGGAUCUGUUCUUGCUGCAAGAUAUUUGACCCUGGCGCAUUCAUCCUAACAUGUGAGCAAUUGGCUGUAAUCACACUGCGUGCAUGUCCGUUUAUCUGGGUGAACCCAAAAAGUAAUUGACACGUGGAAUUCACUGCCUCAGGAAGCAUUGACAGCUUCAA